ACCAGCGUUUUCGAGUUUCGAGCCUGCAUAUUCAGCGCAAAGAAUUUACUGGCUGCCGAUGAAACCGGUUUCUCCGAUCCCUUCGCCAGGAUCCUCAUCUGCAAUGAAGUAUUGCAAACCCUUCCGAUCUACGAGACGAUGAGCCCCAUGUGGGACGUCAUGCUGUACCGAGAGGUCACUUUUAACUAUUCGUCAGAAGCGGUAAAGGCAAACCACCAGCAGAUUAUAUUGGAGAUCUUCGACGUUGACAAUGAGGUAGGCAUGCGCUUGACUCCUAUUCCUAGGCAUAGUUUCUCCUCUUAA